AUGUUGAUGUCUAACGCGCGGGUGCUCCUAUCUUUAGACCCGUAUCACCAAAAGGUUUCUGGCACAGAAAUAUUCCAGCAGAUUACGGAAAAGACUCAGAAUGAGCUGUUGGAAAGUGAGCAGGCAGUGGAUACGGUGGGACCGCAUACAGGGGUAAGAACGUUUGAGGUUAGGAUUGUGAUAGCUUUAAGCGCUGAGGGAUUUUCAACCUUUACGCUGGAUGGUAAAAUGGAAAGUUUUGGUUCUCACAGUCAGACUGGACGUAGAUCACACUUACGCCCUAUGACGGCGAGGUUCCACGUCUCAAAAUCAAAGGAUAUAAAUGGAUAUGUGAAUGAUGAUGUAAUCUUAAAGAAAGCGGUUAGUGUAAGGAGCCUUCUACCGAGCAAAGAAUAUCCAAAUCUGUCAUCUGCGAGCACAGCCAUGGACAAUGAAAGGAAGAACACAAUGUCCCAUUCCAUCGAGCAUCCAUUCUGUGGCUUCCUCCAAUAUGAUAUCCCCUCUAUGUUCCAUCAACUUUGGAUGCUCUUUGUGAAGCUUGGAGAGAGCAAGGCGGUCCUGGAACUUGUUCUGAAGAAACUCUCGCAAACCCUGGAGGAUGCCCGUACUUUUAUUGAGGGGUUCCGCAUGCUCGUAUUUAGAAGGUUGGAAUCAUUGUCCUGCAGAAAGAAGAAUUUGUCCACAACGAAAUACCAGGGAUCAGAAUUGCAAAUACUCAAGCAAUGUCGGGGAGCAACGGAGGCCACCAUGAACUAUAUCUUCUUUGUUGCCAAGCUUGAAGUGCUUGCGGAGAAACGAGGUUCCGACCAGGGCUUCCAACGAGGCGUAGUACUGUAUAAUUGGGCGAUUUUAAGGCCUGUACGGUACGGCUCACGAACUCAGUACGUUCGUACUGAACACGUGACUGUUACGGUUCACUUUGUACGGACCGUAGUACGGCCUGUUGGAAGCCCUGGUUCCGACAUCCUUGUUGACGCCGUGGUCGAGAAAAAAGGGAUGCGAGUUGAAGAUAACAUGGUUGCGAUGAGUGUAGUAGGGUGGUUUAGCUAUCAAGCUAGGGGUAACUCGCGACUUAUAUAUUCGUCGCUGGGAAGGCAUGUGUUCAAUUCCCUUCGCUGCCCCAUUGACCGCCAGGCCAAACCUGUGGGAUUUCAUAGAAUGUACCGUUGUGUCGCUGCUGCGGCCUGCAAGAUGCAGAUAUACAGCACAGUGAAGGCCACAGACACAUUAUCCCAGCUUGGGGUAUGCAUGCCACCGAAGUGGGAUAGGUAG